CUCCUCUCCUUUUCAACAUCACUUUUUCGAUAUUACCUUCUUUUAGGCCUGCUAUCAGAGUAGCAGAUUGCUUUACUUAUUCCUGCCUCUUUGAUGCAAGGACGCGCCGCGACCUUUUGAGUAAUUCAUGCAUGUUUCGCGACUCGUCCACCGUUGAGAACAUUUAAACUUCCAUUAGCAUACGCUUUCGCGCUUCUUUGUAUCCCUUUGUCUUUCCAUAAUGGAUAGCCGACAGAAGGAAAACCACAUCGGAGGCGAUGGUGGAGAUGAGUACACAUCUGUGUACUUCCCUGCCGCCACGGUUGCUGUGCUUGAACCGGUUAACGAAUCGGUAAUUAACUACUUUACCUUCGUUGCUGAGAAGAAAGUCAAGGAUCUCCUUUGCAGCGGCGUGCCUUCGCUCCGUCUGUGGCAAGAUGCUGCCAAGGCUGAGAUGAACAAGUCAAACACCGAGGCAUACAAGCAGUACUUGUUGAUUGUUCGAAAGAUCACCGGUCGUAUCAUUGCCAACGAGGUCAACUUUGGCAAGUCCGCACUUUCGCCUGUCACUGCUACGCAGACCACCGAGAAGCUUUAUGAUGAAGCUACACCCUUGAUGCCAAUGGCACACCAUGUCCAGAAGUCAGCUGGCAAAGCCACGCGCCCCAAGAAGAAGGUACCGGCCCGACUCAACCUAAACCCGACGGCCUUUGCGUUCAAUCCCACGCCGACCCCUUCUCCCGUCGAGCCCAUUGCGAUGCAGCCACAGCGCUCCGCCAAGCCGGCUCAGCUCACGGGUAUUGCGGGCUUCGAAGACCGUUGCAAGAAGCUUGGGGUCCGCGUUUCGCUCGCGAACAAGGAGUCGUAAGCAGGGCUACACUCAGACUUGACUGCAUCUCAGUGGAAAGUUGGUGGCUGCAACAUCAAUAUGGGUUUAAUAAGUUAGGAUGAAGAUUUUAAACCCAUUGAUAUUUGCUCUCUAAGCCUAAUGUACCUAUAUCGACAUUAAAGUCAGACA